CAUACAACCAACAUUGACAAACCGACUUCUUUCACUCAUUCUGGAAAAGGCGAACAGUGGUCGAUCCCUUACAGCUUGGGCCCUGCACGAAACGACGUGGAUAAAGCUGGCGGGGAGUGUGAGGUUUAUGAUUUUGUGGUGAACGAAGAAGCUCAUGAGCGUGCCAUGAAAAACAAUCGGUUUAAGCGGUUUCUAUCAGAGACAGCAAUUGAGAACGUUCAAAAACAACGAGGCGUAGAGCUUAGUGAAGAAUUUAUCCUGCCCAAGCUAAAGUACAAAGGACAAUCUGGAAAUCCUAAGAUGCAAACAGUUCGCAAGGCAUCGGCAAGUGAGCAAGCAAACACAGAAAAGGAGGUUUCUUCCAAGUCAAGAGCAGGAGAGAAACCUUCAAGUGCUUCUUCAAGUGAUUCAGUGCCAGACGUGAAGGAACUUGCCUCCAAAGAAGUGAAGCCUUCUUUCGAAUUCAUCUACCGAGAUGAUUUGGACCUUGGGAAAUUCUGGACAGAUAAGGCUGUUCUACCAAAUGGCAAUCAAAAACCGAAGAUGAUUGUGUUGCGAGUUGACUUGCCAGAAGUGCAAACUUCGAGCGAGGUGGAGCUGGACGUGAUGAAAUCCGAUGUCUCUUUGUACGUCCCUGAAAAGUAUAAGCUCAAGGUACAAACGGCACACCCUGUGGAUUUCAAGAAUGCGAGAGCACAGUUCGACAAAAACAAACGAAGGCUAGAAGUUGUCAUGCCAACCUGUUAACUUCUUCCUCCUUAAAUAAACACGAAAAUCUUCUAAGGUCU